CGAGACAGCCUCGCUUGGCUGACUAUCUUGCCGUGUCACAUGAGAAGGAAUGAAAGUUUUGUUAUCGAUUUGGCGAACAAACAAGGCACAAGGCGAGUUGUUUGUGAACAGAAGGAAAGCUUGUGGUGGAAGAUAUUAGCCUUUGCAAACCCGAGGAAACAAGAAUGACUAUGGUACAAAGCAUAGGGAUAUCGAGGUGGCAUUUGGGCUUCGGAGCAGUAAGCACUUGAAAGAAAUUUUUAUUGAGAAGUUUUGCCCAAGGGGCUGAAGGAUUAAAUACUAACAUUUAAGGACUUUUAUUCCGACCGUAACGGGGCAUUUGUGAUAUUAUGCAGCUAACAGGAGCACUAUAUUACUUCAAUAAUGCGUCAAAUAGGCAGCAUUUUCAAAAUUACUUUUACCACACAAUAUCCAGCGUCUUCUCGGAGUUGGACCAUAUGAACAUACUGAUUUUGAUUGCAGUAUGCAUAAUAGGAUUCACAGAAAUAAACUACAGUUUGAUCAACAUUUUUGCAAAUAUAAACAUCUUAUGGUCGAGACCGCUGAUAAAUGUGAUAUUCCUAUGUUUGAGGUUCAUCUCGGCGAUCAAGGUCGUAAUUGCUAUUUUGAGAGGAGCAAUAAAAGCAAGAAAGUUUUCCAAGUUUGAGGCAAGGGUGUCGUGGAGCACGGGCCUCCCCUCUGUCGUCGAUGCACGAGAAAAGCUAAACAAUAGAUGCGUCAUCUGUUUGGAUGAACUACACAGUCGUUCCACGGGGACCGACAAAGCAGAAAAGGUUUUGACACUUAGGUGUAACCACAUGUUUCACUUGGGCUGCUUCAAGCAGUGGUACGAAACUUCUGGUAGCUGUCCUUUUUGCAGGACGAAGGUUGAAUUGUAGCAAGAAGCCGGUCGUAAAAUUUUUGCUUCAUUUGC